UGGCCAAAGCAAACGAGCGAGCGAGCGCACAAACUUCCACACGGAGACAUGGCGGCCGCGGUAUCCGUUAGCUCAGCUGCCAGAGACGAGAAAUCCCUCACUGCUGCCAACUUUGCCGCGAAUCCACUCUUUAAAAGUUACGACCAAGCAGCCGAACCCGAAACCUGGAGGUUUGAACCGGCCAAACACGUUGACGCGGACACCGGUGAUGAGGGUUCACCGACGGCCAGCGACUGUCCGCGACGGCUCGAUGAUGAACCGACGGCCCUCGGUCCAGAAGAGAUUACUAGUCGUCUGGAAAGAACGAGAAGAGAGUUUUAUAAUCGGCGAAAAAUAAUUAUCAAGAACCUUCCCGCCGAUAUCAGCAAUCAGGAGGUGCAUGAGCUGUUAAGUAACUAUGAUUUGAAGUACUGCUUUGUGGACAAAUACAAAGGAACAGCCUUUGUGACACUGCUGAAUGGUGAGCAGGCCCAGUUUGCGAUAAAGGAGUUUCACCAAUAUGUUCUCCGUGACCGUGAGAUCUCUGUGCAGCUGCAGCCAACGGACGCUCUGCUGUGUAUCGCCAACCUUCCCAGGGCUUUCACCCAGCAACAGUUUGAGGAGCUUGUUCGCCCCUUCGGAAACAUUGAGCGCUGCUUCCUGGUGCACAGUGCCAACACGGGCCACUCGAAGGGCUAUGGCUUUGUGGAGUACAUGAAGAAGGACUCUGCAGCCCGGGCGAAGUCAGAGCUGCUGGGGAAGCAGCUCGGGUCACGAAUGCUGUAUGUACACUGGACAGAGGUUGGCUCGCUCACGUUUCCCAUGCUGCACUCGCGCUGCCUCUGUGUGGACCGACUACCUCAAAACAUCCUCACUGCUCAGGAUCUCCACAGUGUGCUAACAGACACACACGCUCCCGUUUUCUGCCAGCUUGCUCAGGGUCAGGAUUGUAAUUUUAGGCGGUUUGCAGUGCUAGAGUUCUCCACGCCUGAGAUGGCUGAGGAUGUGCAGCGACUGAACGAUGGCAGAGCUCUUGGUGGCGCUCACAUACGUGUGUCCUUCUGUGCCCCAGGACCACCAGGAAGAAGCAUGCUAGCUGCCCUCAUCGCCGCACAGACCAUGGCCUUGAACAGAGGAAAAGGUCUCCUUCCUGAACCCAGCGCCAUGCAGAUCCUUACUGGCCUCAACAACCCUGCUACACUGAAGAUGCUGCUGGCGUCCCUUAACCCAGGGCAUAAACAAGGCCUGCUGGGAGCUGCGCCCGCUGUACCUCUGCUGGCAAAUCCUGCCCUCUCUGCUGCCCUCAUGCAGCUGCUGCUCCAGAACCAAGUCCAACAGCAAGCUCUUUUAGGGAAUCCUCUUCUUUGGGCACACAUUCUGCACAAUAAAGAGUACAGUCUUCUCCCUUGUACUGGACUGCUGAAUGAAAAUCCUCUCGCUGCUCUUCCUCUUCAAGGCAUUAACAUGUUAGGAGAUAUGCCUCAAGGCAAUAUUGCUUCAACACUGGGCUUGCAGAAUGAAACUCUUGGACCCAUCAAGCAACCAUCCCUCAGCCGACCUCUUGGGAGAGAGAACGAGACCCCAGCCACACCGAUAGGCUUUCCCCCGGCAGCCUCUCCGGCAUUGCAAGGACUGAGUUUGCCCCUCUUGAGUGGGAUGUUGGGAGCAGAUGGGCAGACUUUAGCAGGGGCAUCUAUAUUGGGCGAGCCUCCGAAAGAAGUUGGUGUAUCCCAGAACCCUUUUCUCAGUGCUCCUAGCAUAUUUCCAUCUUCAGGUGCCAGCACAAGGGCUCACCCCUACAGGAAGAGAGCGGCGCUUGGCAACACGUCUAACCAACGCACAAACCAUGGCAUCCACUCGAACUACAGCCUGCGUUUCCAGGAGUCUUGUACACCAGAGUUCUCUCUGCACCAGGACCCCUUGUCUCAUUUGUAUGAGCAGCAGGAGGUUCUGGAAGAUGCAGCACUUGCCAGCUAUGGCUUGCAGCACUCCAGGCACACAGGCUUCAGCGACGCAGGAUCUCCAUUCACCUACCCACCCAGCCCCCCUCAGUCCUCUUAUUUCAGCUUUGGAGCCCAUACAAACAUCCCUUCCACCCAGCUAAAUAAGGCUGUUGGAAUGCCUCCAGUGACUCAUUCCAGCCUAUUUUCUGCUGCACCUGGCGCCGGUGUGAAGACGCCGGUCGGUGGGCAGAAGCGUCUGUUCUCCCGUCUCAUCCCGUCUCCAGAGCCCAGUCCAGAGGGUGGAUAUGUAGGUCAGCACUCUCAGGGUCUCGGGGGGCACUACGCCGACUCUUACCUGAAACGCAAGCGCAUCUUUUGACUGGCACUUGGCGGCUUUCUCUGACCCACGGGCUCUGUAAAGGGAUCGCUACUUAAAUACCAUCUUUAAGUGUGUUUUUGUGUGCGUGUGUGAGGGUGAAAGAGCAACGAACCGUCAUUGAGCUGACACCAGUGAAGCUCAGAUGAUCGGUGGCAUGGAUGAUUGCUGAAGGUUUGUGUGUGUGUGUAUAUAAUUUCAAUGUGUCUGUAAAUAGUUUUAUUAUUAUUUUUGCCUUUUUAAUUUUGUUUUAAUUUUUUUUUAUUUUUCUAAACCCAAAGAUGCAACAGACGCCACAAUGAAAGAAAAUGGUUUCCUGUCGUGUUCAUCUAAAUAGUCCUAUUUUGUAGGCUGCUUUUUUUUUUUUUUUUCUUCUUUUUUUAAUUUGUCAUUUAAACAGGAUGAUAGCCUUUUUCUGCUAUGCCUCUUGUUAGUCGCGUUUGUAUAUAGUUGUUCAGUUUUCUAAAAAGGCUCCUCCACUACAAACACUUCCUCUCUCGAACAAGCGCCAAGCCUUACAUGCUUAAAUCAUGUGCAACGGCUACAGUAGCUGUCCGUUUUCUUCAGUGAGUCACCUGUCUGUGUCUUUAUGGGGAGCUCUGAUGCUGGGUUAGUGUUAGAUUUUGCUCAAGUGUUUUCUCUUUUCUUUUUUUUUCUCCCCCACAUGAUUGUUGCACUAUUUCCCAUCUUUGCAUCCCAUUUUUACAGAGUCAGGGUUUUUUCCGAGCGUUGCACUUGGAGGAUGCGGAUCAUGUAUACCCAUCCUCCAGAAUCUGUCCUUUCCGCACCCGUCUCGUUCACGUUUUCUGCCUGCUUUCACACCUCUCUUUGACCUCGUUCAGCCUGCACAGUUUUGCUGUUGCGAAGCGUUAGCGCCUCGGCCAUCACGUUGCGAAGCCCCAGCUGGUCAGAGAUGGAGUAGGGCUGCCGUUCUCCCCUCACCAGGCUCCGAGUACUGCUCAAAGCACAGUAUGCCUGCUGUCGCUUCUGUAUUUCCACACACGCAUUCAUUCGCUCCUCACGUCGUCUUACGGUACCUUUCCUCUGCAAACCAGCAGAGGGAGUCGGUUAGCUUUUCUUUUGGCACUGCUCCAUAUUUUUUUUCUUUUAUUAAAAAAAAAAAAAAAAAAAAAAAACGCACAAAAAAAAAAAAGAGAAACUGAGAGCCAACAGUCUGAAGCAGGCCGGACCUGUGCCUUAGCGUGACAUUUACUUUUACCGUUGUAACUGUGACUACUUGCCCCUCUGGGUUGAACCGCUGCACCCCCGGAGGGGAAGACGCUUCUACAGACUGGAAUGUGAUUUGACGUAUGAUUGAGUACUUGGUGUGUGUGUGUGACUUAAUAGUCUGGAUGACAUUUAAUUUGUGAUAACGCAUUACCUCUGACUUGUACCGCGGCUUACGAUGGAACCUGGAGUUACUUGUGUGCCUAAAAAUGGCAGUGUUCACUGUAAUCUCGCCACACUGUGAGCCUCUACAUUUAAGUUUGUUUAUUUGCGGUGUUCAUGCUUGAGUUUGAUUACAUUUUCUUCUCUGGAGUCUUGAACUCGUGUUUAUUUUUUUUAUUUAUUUUUUCUUAGUCUGUAAUGGUAUCAAAAUUGCUGCUCUAUAUUUUGUAUCCAUCUGAGUGAAGUUGCACAGUGCAGUAUCUUGUAAACGAUUUUUCAUGUGCGAUAAGCGGUAAGAGCUUCUGCUGCUGUGUGAAAUGAACUAAACCUUCAGAUGUGGUAAAUGACCUCUUCAUCACCAAUCACUCUUUUUUUUUUUCUUCUGUACAGCUCUGUUUCUGUGGCAUUUGAACAAGUAAAUGUUAUUUAAGUUCA